ACGGUUAUAUUUUCUAAAUGUGUGAAUGGUUUGCAGGGAUCUUUGAAUCUUCUGUUUGAAAACAACCAGUUGUCUGACCGAACGUUAAGAUCACAAUGGCAACAUCUAAACAGUUACCAUUCAUGAGGAUAAAUCCAUUCACACGUCCUGAAUGGCUUUCAAACCCUGGAGAGAUCGACGACACAAAUUUUCAAGAUUUCCGAAUACCCCUUGGAGGAAGGCAAACGACAUCACCCCAGAUGAAUAAAACAGGAGAUGGACAAGAAAGACAGGACAGUGAUGAAUCAGGCACAGCCCUCUCAGAUAGUGAGAUUGAGAGUCAAGAGGAUAAUGAUAGUGAUUCUGAUCUCGAUGAAAGUACUUCUGAUGAUUCAGAUGACUCCGACACAGAAUCUGAGUCCGAUGACGAUGAUUCCGAUGACGAUGAUUCCGAUGACGAUGAUUCCGAUGACGUUAGUACCGCUUCCGAUGAUUCAGAGGAUGAUUCUGACGAUUCUGAUUCCGAGGAUUCCGAUGAUUCCGAUGAUUCUGACGAUUCCGAUGACGACGAUUCCGAUGACGACGAUUCUGAUGAUUCUGAUGAUUCCGACUCGGAAAGUGAAGAAGGUGUAAGUGACGAAGACGAAGAUGAAGAUGUUGACACUGAUUCUAAUGAGGAUGAAGAUUCUUCGGAUCUGACUUCCGACGAGGACGAAGACGAUGAUGAAGACGAGGAUGAUGAAAGCAAGACUGGAAAUGCUCCCCAGAGAGGUCAGAGGGCACCAGCCUCUAGGCAGGGUGGUAGACCUAGAGCGUCCCUGGACAUCCACAUGAUACCUGAGGAAGAGCAGGUGCAGCAGCGUGUGUUCGCUAGGAUGGCGGGUAUGACGUCAGCGGUGACAUCCAUGUUGUUUGGCGAGGAUGUAGACAGGAUUACGUCACACAUAGCUUCAGACUACCUCAAUCAAGCUUUCCUGCCAGGACAACGUGAGACACACUUGAGAGAAUCACAGGUACAAUCCGCACCGAUGUUCUCAAACCUCUUCGGAACUGCGUAUCUUGGCAGGAGGACGAAUUAAGAAACAGAAAGAUAGUGGGUAUAUGUUGUGUCAGGGAUAUUUUUACAUGUAAAUAAAAUGCAUUGGGCUAAUUAGGAAUUAAGUACAUACAAAAUUUGAAAAUUUAUACCAAAGACAACUUUGAGAAUCAAAAUGUUAAAUUGAAUUUACUUUGGAAGUAUUGGUAAAAAAAACCUUAAUAAGCCAAUAAAACAAUGUAAUUUACAGGUAAAUACAAUGACAAUAAUAAGAUGACCAAUAAUAGAUAUACAUAUAUUUUGUACGACCUAACUGAAAACUGUGCCCAAAAUAAGUCCCAAUGU